UUCACCAAAAAUAGAAUUGGGUCGAGAAAAACUCGGGACAUUUUGUUUUCUUUUGUGCAAGUCUCACAAUUUCCUUCUAAAUAUUGACUAAACAAAUCUUAGGUUCAUUUUUCGUUUUUUUUAGAAAUUAAACCAGGUCAACAUAGCCAUAGAAGAAAAAACGACGAACCCAAAUUUUUUUUUUCAAGAAUUGAUAGAAGACUAACCCACCAAUCACGUCUAUUGACAAUUUUACAUCGAUUUGAGAAGAGGCAACAACAACAUUUCAUCCAUCUCUUCUCCUUUACUGGAAACAUCAACCUAAUUUGAUCAUAAUGCCAGUGUGUGCAAAGUUAUUGAUUCAAGAAGAGCGAUGCAUGCAACAAAACAAGCUUUCCUGAGGUUUAUUUGAUUGUUCCGGAACGUGGUUUUGGUUCUAUCUAUCAAGUAGCGGAAGGAUGGCAGAAAAUCCGAUAGAGAAAAGGUCACGUCGUGGAUUGUUAGGUUUUGUGUUUGGCAGACGUGGCUUGUGGUCCAAGAAAUGUACAGCGGACAAUGGUAAUAAAACCCCAAUGCGUAGCAGCAACGCCUCCGCACCUUGCACCUCUAAUAUUCAAUUCACCAAAUCACCUUGUACCGAACCAAAUCCCAAGAAGCUUCAAGAACAUAAAGUCUCACCCGAGCCGAUCCAGAACCAGACACAAAUGCAAAGACCUGUUUCAAAACCCUCAUCGCAUCAAUACCCUAAUAAUAACAACCCAGGACCGGUCCAACAACAGGCGAGGAAGGUGGUGCCUAGGGAAGCUUUCGGCUUAUCAGGUGAGCUUGAGAGUAUGAUCAUGGACAAUCAGAAAGCCAAAGGGAUGAUGUUUGGUAGCCUUGGGAACUUGAAGCAGCCCGGCGCAACAGCGGUUGGGAAUCAAACCAUGGUUCAAAACAGUGGAUACGGUAAGAAGACAACAACAUCGGUUUCAAAUAACCAGGACCAGUCAGGAUCUCUGUGUAGGGCGAUAUCGACGAGAAUGGAUCCAGAAACGUUAAAGAUAAUGGGGAAUGAAGAUUACAAGAACGGGAACUUCGUAGAGGCUUUAGCAUUGUAUGAUGCUGCCAUAGCCGUCGAUCCGAAAAAGGCGGCUUAUCGUAGCAACAAAAGCGCGGCAUUAACAGCAUUAGGGAGAAUCCUUGAAGCUGUAUUCGAGUGUAGAGAAGCAAUCAGAAUGGAGCCUCAUUACCAUAGAGCUCACCAUCGGUUAGCUAACUUGUACCUCAGGUUAGGAGAAGUGGAGAAGUCAAUAUAUCAUAUCAAGCAUUCAGGUCCAGAAACAGACCAAGAAGACAUUUCAAAGGCCAAAACGGUGCAGACGCAUCUCAACAAAUGCACAGAAGCCAAAAGAUUGCGUGACUGGAACACUCUGAUUAAAGAAACGAGAAACACCAUAGCUUCAGGGGCAGAUGCAGCUCCUCAGGUAUAUGCAUUGCAAGCAGAGGCGUUUUUGAAGAGUUACAGACAUCAAGAGGCUGAUGAUGCUUUGUCUAGAUGUCCUGUUUUUGAUGUUGAAAUGAACACUAAAUAUUACGGACCGAUCGGUUACGCCGGUUUCUUGGUCGUCUGGGCUCAGGUUCACAUGUCUUCCGGCAGAUUUGGAGAAGCGGUUGAGGCGAUUCAGCUAGCAGCCAAGCUGGACAGGAACAAUAGAGAGGUAAGUAUGGUUCACCGGCGUGUACAGGCGGUUACUGCGGCCCGGUCCAAAGGCAACGAUUUCUUCAAAGCGGGACGGUUUCAAGAAGCUAGCGCAGCAUAUGGAGAAGGACUAGACCACGACUCAAGAAACUCGGUUUUGCUAUGUAACCGAGCGGCUUGUCUAUUCAAAAUGGGACAGUUUGAUAGAGCCAUCGAAGAUUCCACGUCAGCACUUACAGUCCGUCCUGCUUACGCAAAGGCUCGACUGAGAAGGGCAGAUUGUAACGCUAAGCUUGGGAACUGGGAGUUAGCGAUUGGAGACUACGAGAUAUUGAGAAAAGAGACACCGGAAGACGACCAAGUGAUCAGAGGAUUAAUGGAGGCUCAGAAUCACAUCGUGAAACGCCGUGGACAUGAGAAUCUUUAACCAAUCACAAACC